AUGGACACCAGUGAAAAAGUUGACAGCGAUUCUAUGAUGCAUCAAGCCCAGCAUAUAUGGUCAAUGUUGGAUGAUAUGGCAAACUCGGACCCCAAAGCAUAUAAAAAUUUCAUAGACAAGCACAUUAAGGAGGGUCAGGAGUUCAUGUCCCCGCCCACACCUCACAUGUGUGUUCAAACUAACCUACUGGUACCUGGACGGAAGUCUUUUUACAUCAACUUCUGUUCCUGGACGAGAGUUCCUGAACCUAAGUCACCGGAAGAUGCUGUUCCAGUCACUGGUACUGAUAUUUCAGAAGGUCAAGAUAAAUAUGGCGAUUAUUCAAUGACAUCGUGUGCGUUCAACCCAAAAGUUAUUCAAGAAUACGGUCAUGACACAAAAUCAUUUGCAGACCGUGAGACUCUGAUAAAUUUAGCAAUUGAUUUUAUCCAACAUCAACACAAAGUGGAAAUCUCUCGAAGUUUUACGUUAUUACCAAGUGACAUUACCCACAAAGGGGACAUAACUCUGCUCCACAAAAGUUUUUCUAAAAAAUCACAAAAAAGUGAACAACAAUUUGAGGAACAAUUAUCAGAAUUAGAAUCAAGUUUCGGACCCUUGGCAUCAGGUGCAAAAAAUUCCUUAUUGAAUAAAUUAGCAAAUUUGUCAACAGAAGAAAGCAAUUCAUCAAAAGCUAAUGGGCAUAACAUGGGAACCACAUAUGAUUCUCCUACUAUUAAAAUGCCUAAUCAAACAGAAGUAAAGAAAACAGGCAUUAUUGAAGAGAUUUCCUCUCAAAGUAAUUCCAAACUGGUUUGCCCUGUAUAUACAAUGGAUUCUGUACGGAAUGAUCAUGAAGAAAUAGAUCAUGUCACUGUGAAGAUUGAGCUUCCAGGAGUUAAAAGUGUUGGUGAAUGUGAACUUGAUAUUUCAAAGGAUGACCUUCAGCUGACAGUCGAAGAUAGGUAUGACCUGCAUCUGGUUUUCCCAUGUAAGAUAAUGGAUGAUGAUGCUGGAGCAAAAUUCAGUAAAAAGACAUCUGUUUUGACAGUUACUUUACCAGGAGUGAGAAAUUGA